AUGGGGGAUGAAACGAUCCUGGUGCUGAAGCAUCGAGGAGGAGGAUGCGAGGGGAACGCUGAAAUCCAGAAGGAAGUCGCGAUCCUGGGCUGCAUCUCCCAGCAUCCCCACGUGGUCCACUGCCUCGGCACCUUCCGCUACGGCGAUGGCGGCGUCUGCAUAGCGCUGGAGUGGUGCAAGUACGGCAUCCUCAGCGACUGGCUGGCGCAGAAGGGAAGCAAGGUGACAGUACCGCAGAAGCACGAUAUCAUCCAUCAGGUCUGCCGGGGCAUGCGACAUGUCGCGUCCUGCAAGAUCAUCCACCGUGACCUCGCUGCCCACAACAUCCUCAUCCAUAACGAGAACCCCAUCGUCGCUAAGAUCACUGACUUUGGCAUGGCCGUGAAAAUGGGCCACCCUAUCCCUCCUCCCAAGCCGUUCUCAGGAGCAGGGAGCCAGGAGAAGGAAGUGAUUGCUGUGCGAUGGGCUGCUCCAGAGAUCCUUAGAUCCCAGCAUGUGUGGUCGGCUCCUUGGUCGGAGAAGAGCGACGUCUGGGCCUUCGGAGUCACGGCAUGGCAGGUGUAUGCCAACGGCGAAGUUCCUUUCACGCUGUCUGUUGCGGAGUCUGUGGUGAAGGUCAAGGUGCUGAAGGGAUCGACGCUCACAAGACUUGCUGACUGUACGGAUGAUGACUGGGCGAUGAUGACGCGAUGCUGGACGAGCGAUGCGGGUCAGCGACCCACCUUCAGCGAGCUGUGCAAGCAGUACAAGAGCGAUUCGUGAGGCGGUCGGAGGUUGUGGGGGACGCGAGGCAGGAGGAAGGCGGGCCGGGCGGGACUGGGAGGAGGAGGAGGAGGAGGGGAGGUUUGGUUUGUAUUUUACUCGAGUGAAUGUGGACGAGGUAGCAGC